AUGGCGGUUGACGAAGGGUUUACGUUUUAUUGUAAAGUUAAAGAUCGUUUAGCAGAAGCAAGUUUUAAUAUGCGUAAAUUUCAGUCCAAUGCUCCAAAACUUGAAGCUCUCGUUAACGAACGUUACAAAGGGCCUCUUGAGGUAAACCAUGAAGGCAACACAACAAAAGUUUUGGGAUUACAGUGGCUUAAAGAUAGUGAUAAAAUUGGGUUUAAUUUUGAGGAGAUAAAGCAGAAAUUUCAUGCGAAGCCCGAUACAACGAAACGCAACGUAUUACAAGCAAUAGCGUCAAUUUUUGAUCCACUUGGCUUGAUAAAUCCUAUUAUCGUUAAAAUGAAAACCUUUUUUCAAUAUUUAUGUAUUAAGAAUGUAAAGUGGGAUUCUCCUUUAUCGGAAGAACACUUAGAGAUAUGGUCAGGUAUUGUGCAAGAGUUACACGAAGUCCCCUCUAUUCAAAUUGAUAGAAAUUAUUGUUAUAAUGAUGAGAACGAUCCGUAUAAGUCUGUCCAAUUACAUGGUUUUAGUGACGCGUCUAAAGCAGCAUACGGAUGUUGUGUUUAUAUUCGAUUUGAAACAGAAACCGGUAAGAUUAAAACUGCUUUGGUAUCGAGUAAAUCGCGUGUUGCUCCAAUUAAGUCACAAACCAUACCUCGCUUAAAAUUAUUGGGAGCUUUAAUGUUAGCAAGACUGUUGGAUACAGUCUCCCGUGCUUUAAACAAUGUUUAUCCAAUCGAACGUAUAUUUGCGUGGAUUGAUUCUAGUGUUGUGUAUUCUUGGAUUAAAAACAGUGAUAAAAUUUAUAAACCUUUCGUACAAAAUAGAUUGACUGAGAUAAGAAGAUUAUUUGAUGUAAAAUGCUUGAAAUUAGUUGGCACUAAUGAUAAUCCUGCCGAUAUUAGUUCCAGAGGUUCUUCGCCAUUAAAGCUCUCCACUAGGAGUCUCUGGUUUGAGGGUCCAGGUUUUCUAACUUUACCAGAAAACGAGUGGCCGCGUCUGCAAGUUGGAGACAAGUUCUUGCCGGAGUCUUCCUGUGAAGAGAAACUUUCAUUGAAUGUUAAUAGCAGAGUUCACGUGUUUAAAAAUUUUAAAAAAUUGGUGCGCGUUACGGCGUAUGUAUUACGAUUUAUAAGAAGAUGUAAAGAAGAAAAGAAGAGAUAUGAACAGAAGACUACUAACACAUUAUUACUAACAACAAGGGAGUGGCCCGAAGAUUUGUCGGUGGAAGAGAUUAAGUUUGCGAAAUUCAAGUGGUUAAAACUGUUUCAGUGGAAGGUCCAGAAUAACAAGAAUUUUGAAGUAGAAAAAGUGAAACUUUGUCUUUUUAAGGAUGACGAUGGAGUUCUGCGAUGUAAAGGUCGUGUACAAAAUUCACCUUUACCAUACGACACUCGGCAUCCAGUGUUUUUACCUACACAAUGUGAGCUUUUGCCUCUUAUUGUUUCGGAUUCACAUCGUGCUGUUGGUCAUAAUGGACCACGUGACACUCUUUGUCACGUGCGUAAACAAUUUUGGGUACCGCGUCUCAGACAAGUUGUUAGAAAUUUAUUACGUAACUGUACAUUGUGUAAAAGAUUUGAAAGUAAAGCGUUUACUUACCCAAGUACUUCUGCGUUACCUGAUUUUCGUUUGUCGUUGAACUUUGCCUUCACAAAUAUUGGAAUCGAUUAUGCAGGUCCGUUGUAUAUACGAGAUAUUUAUUCACGUUCUGAUGUACAUAAAGCGUGGAUUUGUUUGAUUACUUGUGCUAGCAGUAGAGCUGUUUAUUUGGAUAUUAGUACUGAUUUGUCUGCUUCAGCUUGUGUUAAUGUUUUAAAACGUUUUGUAAAUAAAAAUGGAGCUCCGAAAGUUAUCAACUCAGACAAUGGUUCUAACUUUAUUAGUAAAGAAGUUCAACAUUUUGCAUCAUCACAUGGCAUUAAGUGGUGUUUUAAUAUUGAAGCUGCCCCCUGGCAGGGUGGAUAUUUCGAAAGGCUAAUUCAGUCUCUUAAACGUUGUUUGAAAAAAGUACUUUUUAAAACUUUAGUUGAUUAUGAAGAGAUGUUGACUAUUUUGUCAGCAAUUGAACGCAUACUUAAUAACCGUCCUUUGACGUUUAUUUACGACGAUGUUAACGAAAGUCCAUUAACUCCGAAUCAAUUAAUAUACGGGAAAAACGUUAGUAUCGAUUAUGAAGAAUACGAUGGCGAAAAAAGUGACGAGUUGACAGUUCGCGCGAAGUACAUAAAAACUGUGCUCGAUCAUUUUUGGAAACGUUGGUUAAAUGAAUACGUUGUCGAUUUACGCGAAUUUCACAAACAGAAGAAGAAAAAGCUACAGUCCUCUUACGAAAUUGAAGUAAACGAUGCUGUUCUUAUACACGAUGAUGUUAAAACUAGAGCAAAAUGGAAGAUAGGUCGAGUAACGGAAUUGUUGAAAAGCAAGGACGCUCGUAUACGUGCAGCAAAGGUAUUAGUCGCAACUAACAACAAUCGUAAAACGAUAAUUACACGCACUUUGAACAAACUUUAUCCUGUUGAACAGUCUGAUCGCGACUACGAGAAUGACAAGGAAGAUAACGACGAAAUUAAAAUUGACUUUAUAAACGAAGAUGACAUCAUCGUUUUUGGUGGGGAGUGGUUGAGGAAAGCCCUUAGAGUACCAGGAAUUGAUGUUUCUAUUUUAAAGGACCAUUCCACGCGUUGGGAUCUUUGUCAAAAGCUAGCAUGUCAAGACUUUCAGUGGAUGAUAUUUAAAUUAUUCAGUUCGUUUAUAUAUAAUAUUGGUUAUCUAUUGGUUAUUCAUGUUUAUGUCAGGAAGUUGGUUAGUCUGUAUAAUAAAAGCCGUAUUCUGUCUGUCUUUGCCCAAAAUAGUACUCCAAGUAGCGAGACACGAAAUGCGGCAUAUAAAGGACGGGCGAACCCGUGGAUUAACCAACGAGCCACUUACUAA